AAAUGUGUUAGAAAUUUCAAUUUAAAUCAGAUUUCUUUUUCUUCCACAGAUGGUUUUGUUAGCUGUGCUAAUAUACGGUUGUUGGUUAGUGCAGGAACGAUCACAGUACGCAGAAUUGCUUAAGCCAAGUUUGUACGUAGAUGUUGCCCGCAUUAUGAUUGUUAGCUCAAUAUUUGCAUUUCUCAACACUAGCAUGUCGAUUUGUGCUUUAUCGAAAGAAAUGCGAUGUUUCAUGUAUUCGUAUGUGAUAGCUAGCGGAGUAAUAUUCAUGAUGAUGUUCAUUGGUGGUGUAAUGGGUUUCGUAUUUAGGCAUCAGUUACAAUACAGAAUACCGCUCCAUCUCAAAAUGCUUACAUCAUUGCGUGAACUUUAUGGGUUACCGAAAAUGAAUGGAAUUACUUACGCUUGGGACGAACUUCAGAGCAAUUUCAACUGCUGUGGAGUAAAUGGUACUGAUGAUUUGAGGGUUUGGAAAACAUCAAAAUGGUUUAUGCAUCAAAAGGGAUUCAAGCAAAAACUUCCGUUAUCAUGCUGUGUAAAUGAAAUGGUCAAACGUUGUCUGGAAACGGAUCUGAAUCAUCCGGAUGAAGCAGUUGUCCACACAAAAACAUGCUACAUGUCGCUACGAUCUGAUUUAUUAGAGGUAAUGCAUGUGGCUGCAUGGCUCCUCAUCAUCGCAAGCCUAACCAUGGUGAUACCCGCUCUGUGCGCAGGAAUCUAUGCUCGCCUUAUCAAGAAGUAAUUAAAUUUGUAUUGCUUGCUUUUUGUAAUUAUGAUAUAAUGACCAAGGCUGAUUACGAC